AUGUUGCACAUAGAAGUUGGAGUACUUAAAGCUGCAAAUGCGGCAAAAGCGAAACAUUUCUGCGAGUUAAUUGAUUAUGGGUCUAACAAACCAGACUACGUCUACGUUGUUAUGACAUUAUUAUACAAGGAUUUGCAUAAGCUCAGAUCUGAGAUGCCUAAUCGACGUUUCAAUCUAAGCACAUCAUUGAGGUUGGCUAUGCAGGCUGUUAAGGCCAUCGAAGAGCUGCAUAAAAUCGGCUAUUUGUCACGAGAUAUUAAACCCGGGAAUUUUGCUCCGGGACAAAGGUGUAACAAGCAGUCAAAAAUUAUUUUCCUCUAUGAUUUCGGCCUUGCUCGAAAAUAUGUGGAUAAGGUGAGUUUAAGAUUAAUUUUGUUCUCUGAAUUCGAUGACAUUUGGCUAUAGAA